UCACCCUUUUGUUUCAAGGGGCUUGAUAGCUAGCGUUCGCAGUUGGCCAUUAUUCCUCGUUAGGAUCUCAAAUGAAAACACAGAUCUUACAGCAAAACACAGGCGUAUGAUACAAACUUGUAAUGCAGAAUCACUGUGCUGUGCCGAACUGCACUAGUGGCAAAUUCGACCCUCUGCCACUCUUCAGGUUUCCUCAUGAUCCAGAAAGGUCCAAGAAGUGGGUUGAAAAAUGCCAGAGGAAAGACCUCAUAGACAAGUCACCAGACCAGCUGCACAGAUACUAUAGACUGUGUGGAAAGCAUUUUGAAACAUCUUCGAUCAGUAGUGAUGCCCAGAGUACAGUGUUGAAGGAUGAUGCCAUACCAACUCUAUUUGACAUGUCAAGCCAAUCUCAAAAUGGACAGGUGAAGCGCAGUAAAGAGACGACCAAAGAUGAUGAAACAGAAAGCAGGGGGGGGAAAAAAAUCAAGAAAUCUCAAGCAGACACAGCUAAGGAAGAUGUCCAGACAGUUACAGAGGAAGAGGAAUACAGAGAGUAUCUCAAGUCAUUAUUUGAAGUUCUUGUACUGUUGGGAGAGCAAGGCAUUCCUCCCACAGGGCCUGGCGAUAGGAAACAGGAUGGUCUUGGGUCAAGCAACUUCCAGGCAUUGUUAGAAUAUCGCAUGAAUUGUGGAGAUGAAGUCCUAAAGAAGAGGUAUGAUGUGAAUAAGGAGUGCUGCUCCUCAGCUCAGCUGAGUCAGUUGAUUAAGGUGUGUGAGAAAUGCAUCCGCAGUAAGCUGGUGGAGGAAGUUAAACAAAACGGCUUUUUCUCCUUACUUACUGAUGAUUUGUUGAAGAUCUCAGGAGAAUGGUACCUCCCUGUCUUUGUCCGUUUUGUGGACCAGUCUAACUGCCAGCGGGAGAGGUUUUUUGGAUUCUUGAGCUUUGAAGGAGAGGGAGAUGCCCUGGCAGAGAAACUAUUGUCUGAAAUGACUGACAAAUGGGGCUUGGAUAUGGAACAGUGUAGAGGUCAAGCCCACUCCUGCUCUGGGACACAUGUUAUUAAAAUAAAAACCUUUUCUGCCAAACUGAUUGAGAGGUAUCCAAUGGCAGUGCUUACACUGAGAUCUACUCGUACACUGAAUGUGUCACUGGCCAAUGGUAUGGCUUUGUCAGGAGUUCAGCUUGUCAUGUCUACCUUUAAGAAGAUUGAGUCAUUCUUCAGUCAGUCCCAUUUACUGCAGUUGGAGUUGGAGCACGCUAUUUCAAUUUUCUACCCGGACAAAGAGGAAAAAGUCAAUGAACUGAAGGAGAUCUGUCGUACCAGCUGGACCAGACGACAUGAUGUGUUUGAGGUGGCAGUGGACAUCCUAGAGGCACUACUACUCUGUGUGGACAGCGUGCAUGACAACGAAGACAUGAGGUGGAACGAUCAAGUCACACAUGACGCCUUAGAGAUUUCAAAAGCACUAGCUGAUUUUGAAUUUGUCAUGGCGUUGGUCGUGCUGAAAAACGUGAUGACACUUACUCGAGCAUUUGGGAAGAACGUGCAAGGGAAAGCACCAGAUGCCCAUUUUGCUGCAACCAGUUUAAAAGCUGUAUUGCACUCCCUGAAGGAAGUGUCUGACAAUAUUGAUGUGUAUCAUGAGUUUUGGAACGACGAGGCCAUUAACCUAGCCGCUGCGAUGGAGAUCCCAGUUAAGGUUCCGAGGUCAUUCCUGAGAAAGCAUCAGUCAGAAUCUGGAACCAUUCGACCAGAUAGUUACUACAAGGACCACCUGUCUGUUCCUGUGGUGAACCACAUCGUCAAAGAAAUCAAUGAGCUCUUCUGUGAGGACCACCUGAAGUCUCUGAGGUGUCUGUCACUGGUGCCUGCUGUCAUAGAGCAGUAUAAGUCUACUAAACCUGAAGAAGAGAGCAUACAGGUGUUUAAAAAUUACAUCCCUAAUGCAGGAAGCCUCUCUGCCGAGCUACACUGUUGGUGGGUUAAAUGGAGCAAAAAGGGCAAAGGUGAGACUUUUCCCUCCAAUCUCCAUGAAACACUGCAGCUGGCCGAUGUGAGGUUCUUUCCAAACAUGCUUGCAGUCCUGAGACUGAUCGGCAUUCUGCCUACAUUGGCUCUGGAGGACAGCUGCAAUGUGGCGUAUAAGCGCUUCGAGAUGUACCUGGAGAAUACGCCUGAAAAAUUCAAAUCAAACAGUCUUGCUCUUUUGAACAUGAACUAUGAUGUUGAGUAUGAUCUGGAUUCAAUGGUUGAGGUCUACAUGAACACAUACCCUGACAGGGGGGAGGUGAUGUGAGUCAAGUCAGAUGUGAUAUGGUAGUUAAGCCUCCAGACAGAUUAUCCGCAGCUUUGAUAAUGAGCUAUGUGCAGAUUGUGUUAUCUUUAUCUUGAGGUAAACAUCUGUUUUGUGUGUCUUUUACUCCUUAGCUCUAAUAUUGGUGUUUUUGUGUUUUUUGUGAUAAAAUGUAGAAUGUAAAUGAACGAGCAGCUGGACAACAAAGUGUCAUACCAAACAUCUCUGAAUUUUUGUUUUUCCUGGUGUCUUUUAUACUGUUUUCAUUCCUUUACUCCAUUGUGGAAAUCAGUUGCAAAUGGUUGUUUUAGAGUGGGAGUUAAUACUCUUAUAAAGUUAAUUAAAGUGUUUUCUUUUGUGUGUGUGUCACCCAUGGAUCUGCUGACAUUUAAUAAGUGGGUAAAGGGGAUUAGCCAUAAAACCCUCCCUGAACAUAUAAAUAAAGAGAUACUCUCUGGUUUAACAA